UCUUGUAAUCACGUGGUCGGGGUCACAGUCGGCUUCAUUCGCAAGGACGAAACAUGGCGUCGACAGCAGCCUCAGGAAAGAGGGUCUUGGAAUUGUUUGUGUCAAAAGUACCGUGGACCGUGGCAACGAGGGAAUUGAAAGCAUAUUUUGAGCAGUUUGGCCAGGUGAAGAAGUGUCAAUUGCCAUUUGAUAAAGAGUCAGGUUUUCAUAAAGGGAUUUGCUGGAUAGGAUUCCGUACAGAAGAAGGACUGCAGAAUGCAUUGCAAAAGGAUCCUCACAUCAUUGAAGGAGCAAAGCUCCAGGUGCAAAUAAACAGAAAGACAUUUUCUGUAAGAAAAUCAAACAAAGAAGCAGAAGACAUCUGAAGAAGGCAUUAGGAAUGACUUGAUUUCGACUGUCAAAUGUCUUCAUUAAUGCAGAACUGUAUUUAUUGUGGGCGUCUCUUCACGGGGCAUACUUGUUUUUCAAAAGGCAAACUAUAAUGAGUGUUGAUGUUCGUUGUAGUGUCUGGUGUUUUUUUCUUAUAAAUCAUUUAACGAAAUGUGAGUCAAAUAAAAUAAAAAUAUGGAAAGUCA